UGUGCUGAUUGCUGUCUGAACCAAAUUUUACUUGUUUUCAGCUUGCGCAAGAGUCUCCAAUCUUAACCUCUCUCUCCACUUGCCAAAGGAAAGGCUAAAGAGGAGAAGGAAAAAGGCAAAGCAACACAGCCAUGUCUUCCCCAAGCAAGCGCAGAGAGAUGGACUUGAUGAAACUGAUGAUGAGUGAUUACAAGGUGGAGAUGAUCAACGAUGGAAUGCAAGAAUUUUAUGUGCAAUUCCAUGGACCCAAUGAGAGUCCUUAUCAUGGUGGUGUGUGGAAAGUGAGAGUUGAGUUGCCUGAUGCUUAUCCUUAUAAAUCUCCUUCCAUUGGCUUUGUCAACAAGAUCUAUCACCCAAAUGUUGAUGAGAUGUCGGGAUCAGUGUGUCUGGAUGUUAUCAAUCAAACCUGGAGUCCCAUGUUUGAUCUUGUUAAUGUGUUUGAGGUGUUUCUACCACAACUUCUGCUGUAUCCUAAUCCAUCAGACCCCUUGAAUGGAGAAGCUGCAGCUUUAAUGAUGCGUGAUCGAUCUGCUUAUGAGAUAAGGGUUAAAGAGUACUGUGAGAAGUAUGCUAAGGCUGAAGACAUAGGGGAAGUGACUGAAGAGAAAUCCAGUGAUGAGGAGAUGAGUGAAGAUGAAUCUGAUUCUAGUGAUGAACAGGUUGUUGGUAAAGCAGACCCCUAGCUUUGCAUGCAUGUCCUGUUCUUAACAUUGUAUUUUAUCUGUAAAUGAUGUUGUAUUUGUGUUAAUUUACCUCACCACAUGUGAACCUGUUAUGGAUAAGGGGGAAAAGUCUCCUUCCUUCUAUUCUACUUUCCUCUGUCACUGUAAAUAAAGUACCAUUGAUUUCCUGAUGCAA